AUGGCUCCUCCGUUGUUACGGAAUCUGCUAGAAGCAUCACUUCCUGCCCACUGUGAACCAUCCUCGCCGUUCUUGACCGCUAUCUCCUCACAUCUCCACAUCUGUCUCCCCACGCCCCUCGCGUUGAUCUCGACUGUCCUGGGAAACUUGAGCUUCGUCUCAUGGCUUUUCGCCCAACUACCACAAAUUUUCAAGAAUUACCAACUACAGUCCACAUCAGGAUUGUCUAUUUUCUUCCUUGUCAUUUGGUGCGCAGGAGAUAUAAGCAACCUCAUAGGCGCCCUGUUCACCCGACAGGCGGGAUGGCAGGUCAUGGUUGCCUGUUACUACGUCUUUGUUGAUGCCACACUUGUGAUCCAGUUCUUCUGGUACACACAUUAUAAAUCACGUCGUUACGAGGAGUACGAUGAUCUGCAAACCUCGCACCACCACGAAGAGUCCGACACAAGGAGUGAACUCCUGCAAGGCAACAGUGCGACCCACCAACCCCAGGGUCCCGUCGACAUGACGACCAAGACAACAGAUGUCCACGACAUGGGCGUCCAGACUGGCUCAACUUUCACGUCCACAGUCGCCCGGAGCGCCUCCUACACGAACGAGAAACAAAACUCCCGCCGACCCGUGCGUCUGGGCAGCAGCGCUACAAGCCCGCCCUUUGCAUUGCCCCGCACAAUGCUAAUCGCAUCGCUGGUCUGCGCCGUCCUAGCAAACGCCGCACCGACAGAGGCGACCCCCUCACCUCAUCCACCAAUCACCCACGCGCCAAGCGAGACAAUCCUCGAGAUCGUGGGCCGCAUCUUUUCCUGGGCGUCGACACUUCUCUACCUCGGCUCGCGCCCCCCACAACUGUACAAAAAUUACCGCCGCAAGAGCACAGAGGGACUUUCUCCUCUGAUGUUCUUCGCGGCCUUUUGUGGAAACUUCUUCUACUCAGCCUCGUUGGUGACGAACCCCAACGCAUGGUCUGAUUUCGCGCCAUAUGGCGGUGGUGGCUGGGCGGAUAGCCACGGUAAUGAUCGCCUGGAAUGGAUUGGGCGAGCAUUGCCAUUCUUCCUGGGUGCAUUUGGGGUUCUCGGCCUGGAUGGGUUCAUGGGCGUACAGUUCCUUAUGUAUGGAGAACCCGAUGAGGAUAACGAGAGUUUCAUGGACUCGGAGGAUGGCGAUGGAAAGCGUGGUCGGAACCGGUGGAGACGCGUACGGGGGUGGAUGCGUGGCUGGAUUCCUUCGAGUUCGCCGCCUCCUGGUGAACGUUCGCGCUCGCGCUCUGCGAGACAGCAGGAAGGGCAGGCUCUUCUUGGUGCAGAGCAGGGGCGGUAUGGUACUGUUUAG